CCUUAGCUCGGCCUGCCCGGAGGGAUAGAGGGAAGAGCAGGAAGAGCGCUGCCUCGGGACGCUGGGCCCAGGCUGGGAAGACAGGCUUGUUGGCUCUCUCCGCGAUCAGCACCCGAGGCCACCUUCCCCGAGUCCGCUUGGCACCGUUCCUGGCCCAGUCCGACCCGUAAUCUCGGCCCAGGGCCGGUGUUGGAGUCUCGCUCUCGGUUCCCUUCUGCACCUCGGGGUUCUGCGCUCUGCUCGCUAUGGAGCCCGGGCCGCAGAGCAGGCCGGCUGAGCCAGGACAUUGCGUGAGCGGCCCUGCGGGCGCGGGCUCAGCAUUCCCGGAGUCCACAUUGUCUGCCGCCGGGGCGGAGCCCGGGAGCCGCCCGGGAACUGUGGCCGCCGUGCUGCCCGCUGGGGGUUGCGGGGAAAGGAUGGGCGUCCGCACCCCGAAGCAGUUCUGCCGGGUUCUGGAGAGGCCGCUCAUCAGCUACACUUUGCAGGCCAUGGAGAGAGUAUGCUGGAUAAAGGACAUUGUUGUGACAGUGACAGGGGAGAACAUGGAAGCCAUGAGCAGUAUCAUCCAGAGGUAUGGGCAUAAGCGCAUCUCCCUAGCUGAGGCCGGAGCUACACGCCACAGAUCAAUUUUCAAUGGACUGAAAGCCCUGGCAGAAGAUCAGCCAGACUCUAAACUCACUAAGCCAGAAGUUGUGAUUAUCCAUGAUGCCGUGAGACCCUUUGUUGAGGAAGAUAUCCUCUUGAGAGUUGUCUUAGCAGCUAAGGAACAUGGGGCAGCAGGAGCAAUCCGGCCUUUGGUGUCCACUGUCAUCAGUCCCUCUGCUGAUGGUCACUUAGACCACUCACUGGACCGUGCCAAGCACAGGGCAAGUGAAAUGCCCCAGGCUUUUCUCUUUGAUGUGAUCUAUGAAGCGUAUCAGCAGUGUAGUGAUUUUGACUUGGAAUUUGGAACAGAGUGCUUGCAGUUGGCCCUAAAAUACUGUCAGAAGAAAGCAAAACUUGUAGAAGGGUCCGCUGACCUCUGGAAGGUGACCUACAAACAAGAUCUGUGUGCAGCUGAAGCCAUGAUUAAGGAGAAAAUUUCACAAGAGAUUUGUGUGGUCACGAACACAAAAGAUGAAGAAUCUGUAGGACAUCUCCUUGAGGAAGUGCUAAGAAAUGAACUAAAUUGUAUUAAAGUCACAUCCACAGUUAUGGAUCACACAGGAGGAGACAUUAAGAACUUCAUAGGCCAAUGCUACAGUUUCAUCUCUGUGAAUGUUGCAUCCUCUGAUAGUCAAGAAACCAGGAAGUUACUGAGUAUACUGGAAGAGAGCAGCCUUCCUCCUCUGUAUCCUGUAGUUGUUGUUUUGGUGCAUUGCUUUGACUUCACCUCAGUCCCGCUCGCCCAGAGGAUGGAAAGCCUGGUGUGGAUCAGGGAACUAGCAAAGAAAGCGAAAGAAAGGAACAUUCUAGUAAGUGGACUCCUCCUAAAUCACUCACAGGAUGAGCGUAAGCUACAAGAGAGUUUAGGACAAAGUGCAGCCAUCAUCACUGCCUUAGUUAAGGAAAGAAAUUCUGCACUCGCUGGUCAGCUCCUGGUGGCCUGAAGUAUACAGAUGACAAUCAUCUCCAAGCUUCCAAAGAUACUUCCCUAAGAUACCCCUUUUUUCCACCUCAGUGUUUCCUACUUUGCAUAGAAUAUUUUAGUUGUUUUCUUUAUUUUGCUACUUAUUGGAUAUGAUGGUUGUAAAAAUGGAUUGAUUUUUGUGUCCAUGAAAUUACGUGUAAAAUAAAAAUGGCUCCAACCAGAAAAAAAUAAAUAAAUGGCAAAUACUGCUUUCAUGUAAAGAAUCUAUUCACUACUUCAGCAAAUGCAAAAAAAGAAAGAAAAAGAAAAAGAAAGAAAAGAAAAGAAAAAUGAUAAUGUGAGCCAUUCCUUCAACAGAUGAGAGUUUAGAUAGCUCGGUUGCCAUAUUAAGUCUACAAUAAUUAACAUAUUGGUCACAUCAUACUGGAGCUAAUAAAUAUGCUUCAGAAUUAGUCCUAAUUCUAAAAUCAUCCUCUUACUAUGUGAUAAUGUAUCUUUUUGCCUUAUUUUGGAAUUCAUUACACCUUAUAAAGAGGGAUACACUAUGCCUUAUAAAAAAGAACUGCGAAACUGGCUUAGUGGGCAAGCUCUUGCCUAGUGUGGAUAGAGCAGCAUCAUAAAAGAAAGAAAACCAUGCUGGUAAACAUUGGGCAGAAACAGGAAAGAAGAUGCCUCCAGUUGCCGUCCCCUUUGUCCUUAUUGCUCUCUGUCUCUAGAGAUCUCCAAAGAGAAUGGGAUCCACUCAUUUAUCAAUUUUAAAUUCUAUCUUAUGAGAUGUUAUGCUGCUCUGCUUCUUCUGCGUUAGUUUCAGAAAUGUCUGGAGAGCUUCAUGAAAGUGGAGUUGCUUCAAUCCAUCUGUGCCCAUGGUCUUCUGAAAAGGAGGGAGGCCAGUGCUGUGGAGUUAGCUGAUUUUGAUGCAGGAAUGGUAGCCUUGCUAAAUCAAGAUCUCAUUCUUUUCAAUUUCUAUUGGCCACACAUAAUAUUGUUCUUUAUGUUGCAUUUAAUAAUUUUAUAUUCAUACAGUUGUUAAAAUGCCAUUGGUUAUAUGUAUACAUUUUUAAUUGAAAUAUGUUAAACCAGAACACUCUAGAACUUACACUGGAUGAAGAAAUUAUAAGAGCUGCAUGAAGUGUGUUUACUCAGGAUUAUCAAUAAAUAU